AUGAAAAUCUGUUACCAAUUCUCCUUUUCCACCAUGGCUUUAAGUAAGAAAUCUGUUAUGGCUGCCUUAUUGCUACUGCUGUUGUUGUUUAUUAUCUUGGUGCUAUUUGUUGUAGCUGUACAAUCUAUAGGUGUAAAUUAUGGAAAAAUUGCCGAUGAUUUACCACCUGCAACUGAAGUAAUAGCCCUAUACAAAACAAGUGGCAUAGGGAAAAUGAGGAUUUUCGAUCCAAAUCAAGCAACCCUCCAAGCCCUAAAAGGAUCCGGCAUAUCAGUCAUUGUUGGAGUUGUCAACAAUGACCUUCAAGGCCUUGCCACUAGUCCUGCAGCUGCAAAUGGUUGGGUGCAAACAAACAUAAGUCCCUACUUGCCUGAUGUCAAUAUUAGUUACAUUGCUGCUGGGAAUGAAAUAAAACCCAGUGAUCCAUUAGCCCAAUAUGUUGGACCAGCCAUGCAAAACUUAUACAAUGCAGUUACAUCUUCUAAUCUUCCAACCCAAAUCAAAGUUUCAACAGUAAUAGACAUGUCAUUGAUGGGAAAUACUUACCCUCCAUCUUCAGGCUCCUUUAGUGACAAUGCAAGUGCAUACAUAAAUGCAAUCGCUAGCUUCCUAGUAAGCACUAAGGCACCACUUCUUGCCAAUGUGUACCCAUAUUUUGCCUACUUAAGUGACCCAACAACAGACAUUAAGCUUGAUUAUGCCUUACUAAAUUCAUCAGGGGUUGUGGUACAAGAUGGUAACUUAGGGUACCAAAAUCUCUUUGAUGCAAUGAUGGAUUCUCUCUAUUCUGCACUUGAGAAGAUUGGUGCGGCCAAUUUGACUGUCAUUGUAACAGAGACUGGUUGGCCAUCCGACGGUGGUGUAGCAGCUACAGUUGACAAUGCAGGCACUUACUACAAGAAUUUGAUGAGUCAUGUGAACAAUGGCACUCCGAAGAGGCCUGGACCAUUAGAAACAUACUUGUUUGCUCUAUUUGAUGAAGACCAAAAGGGUCCAGCGGAAACUGAGAAACAUUUUGGUCUCUUCUCACCUACCAAGCAACCCAAGUACCAACUCAGUUUUUCUUAA